AUGAAGACCCUGAUGCGCCAUGGUCUGGCAGUGUGUUUAGCGCUCACCACCAUGUGCACCAGCUUGUUGCUCGUGUACAGCAGCCUCGGCGGCCAGAAGGAGCGGCUCCCGCAGCAGCAGCAGGCGGCGACAGGCAGCGCGCAGCCGUCGGCGGAGAGCAGCCCCCCACCGCACCCCGGGGCGCCCUCGGGACCGCGGCCGCUGGACGGAUACCUCGGUGUGGCUAACCACAAGCCCCUGAAAAUGCACUGCAGGGAUUGUGCCCUGGUGACAAGCUCAGGACAUCUGCUGCGCAGCCGGCAAGGCACCCAGAUUGACCAGACAGAGUGUGUCAUCCGCAUGAAUGACGCCCCCACGCGCGGCUACGGGUGCGAUGUUGGCAAUCGCACCAGCCUGAGGGUCAUCGCGCAUUCCAGCAUCCAGAGGAUCCUGCGCAACCGCCAUGACUUGCUCAACGUGAACCAGGGCACCGUGUUCAUCUUCUGGGGCCCCAGCAGCUACAUGCGGCGGGACGGCAAGGGCCAGGUCUACAACAACCUGCAGCUCCUGAGCCAGGUGCUGCCGCGGCUGAAAGCCUUCAUGAUCACGCGCCACAAGAUGCUGCAGUUUGAUGAGCUCUUCAAGCAGGAGACUGGCAAAGACAGGAAGAUCUCCAACACUUGGCUCAGCACUGGCUGGUUCACGAUGACGAUUGCGCUGGAGCUCUGUGACAGGAUAAAUGUUUAUGGAAUGGUGCCCCCAGACUUCUGCAGGGAUCCCAAUCACCCUUCAGUACCUUAUCAUUAUUACGAACCUUUUGGACCUGAUGAAUGUACGAUGUACCUUUCACAUGAGCGUGGAAGGAAGGGCAGUCAUCACCGCUUCAUCACAGAGAAGCGAGUGUUCAAGAACUGGGCACGGACAUUCAAUAUUCACUUUUUUCAACCUGACUGGAAACCAGAAUCACUUGCUAUAAAUCAUCCUGAGACUAAACCUGUGUUCUGA